CCCCGCCCCGCCUCUCCCCGCCCCCCGCCCCUCCUCCGACCUCCUCCGAGAGCUCCAGACCUCUCAGCUACUCCGAACCCUGCGGACUGCCGGGACCGCGCUAUGGAGUCGACUGGCGGCGACGGGAAGGCCCCGGGCGGCCCCCGGGUGCUGGUGGUGGGCGGCGGCAUCGCGGGGCUGGGCGCGGCGCAGAGGCUCUGCUGCCACUCCGCCUUCCCGCACCUGCGCGUCCUGGAGGCCACGGCGCGCGCCGGGGGCCGCAUCCGCUCGGAGCGCAGCUUCGGUGGCGUGGUGGAGGUGGGCGCACACUGGAUCCACGGGCCCUCCCGGGGCAACCCCGUCUUCCGGCUGGCUGCUGAGUACGGGCUGCUGGGGGAGAAAGAGCUGUCGGAGGAGAACCAGCUGGUGGAGACCGGGGGUCACGUGGGCCUGCCCUCCGUGACCUACACCAGCUCCGGGGUCCGCGUGAGCCUCCAACUGGUGGCGGAGAUGGCGACUCUGUUCUACGGCCUGAUCGACCAGACCCGAGAGUUCCUGCAGGCCGCGGAGACCCCGGUGCCCAGCGUGGGGGAGUACCUCCGGAAGGAGAUCAGCCAGCACGUGGCCGGCUGGACAGAGGACGAGGAGACCAAGAAACUGAAGCUGGCCGUCCUGAACGCCUUCUUCAACCUGGAAUGCUGUGUGAGCGGCACCCACAGCAUGGACCUGGUGGCCCUGGCGCCCUUCGGGGAGUACACCGUGCUGCCCGGGCUGGACUGCACCUUUUCUAAGGGCUACCAAGGGCUCACAAACUGCAUGAUGGCCUCCCUGCCGGAGAACACGGUAGUGUUUGAGAAGCCCGUGAAGACUAUUCACUGGAAUGGGGCCUUCCAGGAGGCAGCCUUUCCCGGAGAGACCUUUCCAGUGUCAGUAGAGUGUGAGGAUGGAGAGCGGUUGCCAGCACACCAUGUCAUCGUCACCGUGCCCUUAGGUUUUCUUAAGGAACACCUGGACACCUUCUUUGACCCUCCACUGCCGGCUGAGAAGGCAGAAGCAAUCAGGAAGAUCGGCUUUGGGACCAACAAUAAGAUCUUCCUGGAGUUUGAGGAGCCCUUCUGGGAGCCAGACUGCCAGCUGAUCCAGGUGGUGUGGGAGGACACAUCCCCGCUGGAGGACCCUGCCCCCGCACUGCGGGACGCCUGGUUCCGGAAGCUCAUCGGCUUUGUGGUCCUUCCUGCCUUUGGGUCUGUCCACGUUCUCUGUGGGUUCAUUGCUGGGCUCGAGUCUGAGUUCAUGGAGACUCUGUCGGAUGAAGAAGUGCUUCUGUGUCUCACCCAGGUGCUCCAGAGAGUGACAGGAAACCCACAGCUCCCUGCGCCCAAGAGCAUCCUGCGGUCUCGCUGGCACAGCGCCCCGUACACCAGGGGCUCCUACAGCUACGUGGCUGUGGGCAGCACAGGGGACGACCUGGACCUGCUGGCUCAGCCCCUCCCUGCAGACGGCACCGACGCCCAGCUCCAGAUCCUGUUUGCAGGGGAAGCCACACAUCGGACGUUUUACUCCACAACGCACGGGGCUCUGCUGUCGGGGUGGAGGGAGGCUGACCGCCUCCUUGGUCUGUGGGCCCCGCAGGUGCAGCAGCCCCAGCCCAGGCUCUAGGGCCAGCCUGCGCUGCUCCUCCCGUGCUGGGGGAGGCUGGGACCCUCGUUUCCUCUGACAAUUUCAGCCUGGAUUGAGAUUUGGGGAUGUUAAUGAGAGCCUUCUGGUUUUGGUGACUUUCUCAGUUCUUGUGUCUGUCACUGGAGUCUGGUCAGCGCUGACUUGAGCUGAGAUGCCGGAUGCUAACAGAGAUGGUGGCACAGAAGGCACGUUUGGACCACAGCAUCCAGAGCCGCCUUCCCUACCUCUGCUGCCUUCCAUCCCUCCUGCCCUGGGGCUCCAGCAUCUGCUGCUGUUGUCUUUGUCUUGCUCCAGGCCCAGGUUACACAGGGCCCUGUGUCUCCAGCCCCCACAACGACACGUGGCCCCGAAUUCUGGGUUCCCUGAACUCUGGGUCCUGUAGUUGCCUCUCGUCCCGCUGCAUUCUCAUGGCUGCUGCCUGGGAUGAUAGCGUAGCGGACAACCUUCCUCCUACUCAUCGACCGAUGCUGCACCAGGCACCCACUUUGAAGGGCACUGGGGACAUGAGGGGUGCCCUGCUCUUCCUGAGGCCGGGGGUUUUCUGGAGGACGUGAAUAGAUAAUAAGGCCUGAAGUGA